UUCAACGUUAAAAUUUCUACUUGCCUUAUGGGUCAAAGUCCACAAUCAGUCUGACCCACUCGACGAGUAGUCAAACUCCGUUCGCUGCUGGCCUAACAUUAUUUCUCUUCCCACAAGUACAACUAUUUUCAUCUGUUUCUCAAGUGCCAAUAAACAGAAAAAAUGAUCACCGGAGCUUCGAAGAUCCUCCUCCAAGCUCCCAGGAACUUCAACAAGUUUGUGAGCUUGAAUUCAAGAUGUCUCGCAACUCAGGCAGCUGCAAAAGUCAAGGAGAGCGAUGCGAAAAACACGAAAAGAGAGUCACAGUCCUUCACGAUGAAUAUGUUCAGGGGUCAGGCUCAGGUCAGCCAAGUAUUUCCCUUUCCAAAACCACUGUCCCCGGAGCAAAGUGACACUCUAAAAAUGUUCGUGGAUCCUAUCGAGAAAUUUUUCGAAGAAGUAAAUGAUCCAGUAAAGAACGACGACACGUCCGAAGUAGACGAGAAAACUAAACAAGCUCUCUGGGAUCUCGGGGCCUUUGGCAUCCAAGUCCCGGAAGAGUACGGAGGCCUGGGCCUUAACAAUACCCAGUACGGCAGGCUCGUCGAGAUCGUCGGCAAGCACGACCUGGGGGUGGGAAUAAUGUUGGGUUCUCACCAGAGUAUCGGCUUCAAGGGGAUCCUCCUGUACGGCACCCCCGAGCAAAAAGCCAAGUACCUCCCCCGAGUUACAGGGGGUGAAUACGCAGCCUUCGCCCUGACGGAGCCCAGCUGUGGAUCAGACGCUGGCUCUGUCAAAUCUCGAGCAAUAAAGUCCCCAGACGGCUCCCACUACGUUCUCAAUGGCAGCAAAAUCUGGAUCUCCAACGGUGGUCUCGCCAAUAUUUUCACUGUAUUCGCACAAGUACCAAUGAAGGAUCCCGUCACCGGUGAGACCAAGGACAAGGUCACGGCCUUCAUCGUGGAGAGGGGCUUUGGAGGGGUUACCAAUGGCCCCCCUGAGAACAAAAUGGGAAUCAAGUGCAGUAAUACCACUGAAGUGUUCUUCGAGGACGUGAAGAUCCCAGCGGAGAAUGUGCUCGGUGGUGAGGGACAGGGUUUCAAGGUGGCCAUGAACAUCCUCAACAAUGGAAGAUUUGGAAUGGCAGCAGCCCUCUCUGGCACGAUGCAGGCUUGCAUGAAGAAGUCGAUUGAGUUCGCCAACACCCGGGUCCAGUUUGGAAGGACAUUGAAGGAGUAUGGCGGAAUUCAAGAGAAGAUUGCGAGGAUGGCAAUGCUGCAGUACGUCGAUCAAUCCCUGUGUUACAUGAUCGCAGGUAACAUGGAUAAGGGUAGUGAGGAUUAUCAUCUGGAGGCUGCUAUUUCCAAAGUAUUUUCCUCCGAGUCUGCAUGGUGGGUGUGUGACGAGUCAAUUCAGAUAAUGGGGGGAAUGGGAUACAUGAAGCACACUGGGUUGGAGAAAGUCAUGAGGGAUCUGAGGAUAUUCAGGAUAUUCGAGGGUACUAACGACAUUCUGAGACUGUUCGUUGCAUUGACUGGGAUUCAGUAUGGUGGGGCACAUCUUCAAGAGCUCCAGAAAGCAUUCAAGAAUCCAACAGCCAAUCUGGGACUGAUCUUUGAAGAGGUCUCGAAGAGAGCUACUAAAGCUGUCGGUUUGGGCUCUGCUCCAAAUUUCUCACACUUGGUACAUCCGAGUCUCCAGGAGAGUGCUAAUCUCGUGGGAAAGAGUAUUGAGAGUUAUGGGCAGAACAUCGAGGCUGCACUCUUCAAGUAUGGAAAGGGAAUUGUUGAGGAGCAGUUUGUACUCAACAGAUUCGCACAGGCUGCUAUUGACACUUACACGUCUGCUGUUGUGCUGAGUAGAGCCACCAAGGCAGCUGAGGAGAGACUUGCCACUGCUGACCACGAGAUACUCAUGGCACAGGCGUGGUGCACUGAGGCUGCCUCCAGGGUUGCUGAUAACCUCAAGAUCAUCAAGUCUGACACGUAUUUGAAAAACUUCAACAGGUUCAGGCAGAUUUCUAAAAAUAUAUGCGACGCUGAGGGAGUUGCUACAACUACUCCACUUGGAUUUUGAGGUAGUUUUUUGGGACAAUGGGUCUUCGUACUUUUGUGAAUACGCGUGCCUCGAAGGGGAAUUCGAUUUUCUGCAUGAAAUUUGUGGAAUAGAAUUUGAAUUUUUUAGAAAAUUUUGUAUUAAUAAUACGAUUUUUGUAGGAAGAUUAUCGAGAGGAUUUUUAUGAGUGAAAUGUUGAGAGAUAUUUCUGAAAAAAAGUUAUUCUCAUUGUAUAUUUUUUAUAAAUUAUUAUGAAGUAAAGUUAAUAAAGUAAUU